UUCCCCGCCUCUGGCCCAGCCUCCUCCUCCUCAGGUGAGGCAGCCAGGCCUAGCAGGCCCCACGCCGCUCCGGCCACCGCUGCUGCGGGGCCACCAUGCUCCUGCCCAGGCCUGGAGACUGACCCCAAGGCGGCACCACCUCUCAGCUCCGCCCCCACCUGCCGGACCCCAGGGUAAGGACCAGGGCCCUCAAUUACAGUCCCCAGGAUGUGGGUCCCCUCACUCCCACCCAACCUAGAGCCCACCUCCCAAUCAAGGGGCCCUGGGGGACCUCAAGAGUGGGGUCUCUGACUUCUCUCCAGGGACCUUGGAGCUGUGGCCCUUCUUCAGACUCAGAGAUUGGGCCCCAGUCUCCUCCGCCCUCAGACCCAGGAGUCCAGCCCCCAGCCCCUUCUCCCCAGGACCCAGAAAUCCAGGCCCCCGGCUCUCUCUUCCCUCGAACCCAGGAGUUCAGACCCUCAGUCCCUGCCUCCCCCCGGCCCAAGCACGGGCGCCCCAGUCCUGCAAAUCCAGGUGUCUCCUGGCCGCUGGUCAGACACUGACCCCAUCCUUGAACCCAGCCCAAUCUGCGUCCGUGAUCAUGGCGUGCUCUGGCCAGGGCCCAGUCCCUGCAGCCUCCCUGGAUGGGCGCCUGGGACUGGGGGCACCCGGGCUGGGCUGGCCCCCCCGGGCCCUGCCUCCCCGUUCGUCUCCCCACAGGGCCCGCCCCGGCCCAGGAGGUCAGCCGGGGAAUCAUUAACAAGAGGCCGUGACAUGGCGGAGAAGGAGGGUGGCCGGACUGUCCCAUGCUGCUCCGGACCCAAGGUGGCAGCUUUCACUGCGGGGACCCUACUGCUCCUGACAGGCAUCGGGGCGGCAUCCUGGGCCAUUGUGACCCUUCUGCUCAGGAGUGAUCAGGAGGCGCUGUAUCCAGUGCAGGUCAGCCCGGCGGACGCACGGCUCACGGUGUUUGAUGAGACGGAAGGGACCUGGCGGCUGCUCUGCUCCUCGCGCUCCAACGCCAGGGUAGCAGGCCUCAGCUGCGAGGAGAUGGGCUUCCUCAGGGCGCUGGAGCACUCGGAGCUGGACGUGCGGACGGCGGGCGCCAACGGCACGUCGGGCUUCUUCUGCGUGGACGAGGGGAGGCUGCCCCACGCCCGGAGGCUGCUCGAGGUCAUCUCUGUGUGUGACUGUCCCAGAGGCCAUUUCCUGACUGCUCUCUGCCAAGACUGUGGCCACAGGAAGCUGCCCGUAGACCGCAUCGUGGGAGGCCAGGACACCAGCCUGGGCCGGUGGCCAUGGCAAGUCAGUCUCCGCUACGACGGAGCACACCUCUGUGGGGGGUCCCUGCUCUCCAAAGACUGGGUGCUGACAGCUGCCCACUGCUUCCCUGAGCGGAACCGCGUCCUGUCCCGCUGGCGAGUGUUUGCCGGCGCUGUGGCCCAGGCCUCGCCCCACGGCCUGCAGCUGGGGAUGCAGGCGGUGGUCUACCACGGGGCCUACCUCCCCUUUCGAGACCCCAGCAGCGAGGAGAACAGCAACGAUAUCGCCCUGGUCCGCCUCUCCAGCUCCCUGCCCCUCACAGAAUACAUCCAGCCCGUGUGCCUCCCGGCUGCCGGCCAGGCCCUGGUGGACGGCAAGAUCUGCACGGUGACUGGCUGGGGCAACACGCAGUACUACGGCCAACAGGCUGGGGUGCUCCAGGAGGCCCGAGUGCCCAUAAUCAGCAAUGACGUCUGCAACGGCCCCGACUUCUACGGGAACCAGAUCAAGCCCAAGAUGUUCUGCGCCGGCUACCCCGAGGGUGGCAUUGACGCCUGUCAGGGCGACAGUGGUGGCCCCUUCGUGUGUGAGGACAGCAUCUCUCGGACGCCACGUUGGCGGCUGUGCGGCAUCGUGAGCUGGGGCACCGGCUGUGCCCUGGCCCAGAAGCCAGGCGUCUACACCAAAGUCAGUGACUUCCGAGAGUGGAUCUUCCAGGCCAUCAAGACUCACUCCGAAGCCAGCGGCAUGGUGACCCAGCUCUGACCCGUGGCUUCUCCUCGCUGUGCGUGCCUCCAGGGCCCGAAUUGAUCUAGGUGGCUCCAGCCCCACAUGGUGGGGUCCACCCCGGGCCUGGGAUGGAACAUUAUUCUUCUUGGGCCCAGCCCACAGGCCCAAGGAUACCCUCCCUCCGGGGUCCUCUUGUCCAUAGUGGCGGGCCCACUCAGCCCUGGGGCCACCCGAGCCUCACCCUCCUGGCCCCCAUGUAAAUAUUUUUCCACCAUCUGGGGAUCCCCAUCUCGGUGCCCCUGAUGACAGGAUGCUCUUUAAAUAAUAAAGAUGGUUUUGAUUAA